AUGCUUGCCAUCAAAGAGUUUCUUCAUUCUAAUAAUGUCCAUUCUUCCCUCGUUCUGUCGUUGUGCGCCGCAGCUUGUGCCUGUUUGGGCCUUCUAGUUCAUACCCUCGUCAAGCGAAAGAACCUCAAUCGAUAUGUCCGCCUAUCCUCACCUUCGCCAGAACCUGUAAAAAAGACUGCGUCUGCCGAUUAUACAAAUGUUUAUCCUCCACCUCAACGUCAUGUUCUUCCUGAGAUCUCUCCAGACUUCUCCCCAAACAACGUAGAUCUUUCAGCAGCGCCUAGACUUCUCCUCAGACUGGACCAAGAUUAUCGCUAUGCGAACCCUGCAGCAUACAACUUUACGGGAUUCAGCGUCGAUGAGAUCAAAAGACUUGGUGCAUUCCCCGAUUACGCAAAGUUGUCUGGUGUCCCUCUCCCAACACCAUUGAAGAACUUUGAUCUUGACGCUGCGUUGCCGAGACCAUAUCGUCCGUUUCGAUGGGCUUACCAUCAGACUAUGUCCUUAAAGAAGAUGGAUCCCGAUUUCUGGAUCGAGAUUGAGAAUACGUACCGGUCUCGCAUUAUUCAGCGUCAAAUCCUCUACGCAAAAUACGGCAGAGAUGUUCUUCAAGCCCUUCCCGGGUCUGAGCUCGCUUGCAAGGAACUCAUGGAGAUGGUGAUUCAGUUCAUAUGCGCCCGAUAUCCCCAAGCAUUUGAACUUCACGGCAGAGUGUUUGUCAAUCACCUUUUGGGAGUCAAGCAGGACCUUGGCCAGAUUGAACCUCUGCUCUUCCUUCUCAACCAUGUUCCAGAGGACUUUGCGCUUACUUUGAGAGACCCUGCAACAGGGCGUUACUGCUUUAGAGCGGGUGUGAUAUGUUCAUCGGUAGGGUGGAAGUUGAGUGAGAAGAUUGGACUGGGAUUGCCUGAGAUACAUGCUCCUGUGCCCGAUUACAAGGAGAAGAUGGAGUUCAGCAUGGAUAGGUUCUUUACAAAAAUGCCCACCGACAGUCCUAUCCAGCGCGGAUCCUGGGGUUUAGAAGUUGGCCAGCCACUCUUCAUCCCCUCAGAAGACCCCGAAUUCCAGACCCGCGAGACCCAAAGCCCAUCCCUGACGGAGGCAGAUGUCCAUUUGCGAGUUGACUGGCAGACUCUCCGUCGUCUUCCUCUCUCAGGUGCCAUCGUGUUCAACUUUAAAGCGCUCUUCACGCCUAUGUCCGAGUUUAGAGACGAGCCAUAUGUUCCGUCCCUGGUCCUCAAGGUGCUUAAUGAGGGAAAGGAGAAUAUCAUGAAGUACAAGGGAACAUGGCAUGUUGAACAUGUUGCCAAGCCGACGUUGAGGAGAUGGGAGAGGGAGCAGAUUGACAAGGGCUUGAUUCCUGCGGAUUGGCAACCGACUACGUUGGAUGAGAACCCUUUCUUUCCUGGGUGGGAGAAGAAGUGGAAUAUGAGCUAA